CGCAGGUAACAUGGAGACGCCGCUGCACCGCGUCGACAAUCUCAUUGCCGUCGCGACCCGGCGGCUCCAUCCGUCUGCGCUGCAGUCGCUGCGCAUUGAGGAAAUUCUCGCCCAGCGCACGUUGUUUCCACCGCUCGAGCAAAAGGACAUUGCGGGGAGCGGGUUCGAAGCGCACGCCACGUACCUCGAGACGUUGGACGAAUAUGUCUUUGGCCAAAACGACAAGUGGGACGCGAUGCGCUACAUGGCGGUCCGAGAACUCAUGCGCGAGUGCGCAUUAGCCAAGCGAAGUGCGAUGCAUGCGGCCUGCGUCGCGCGCGCGCUGGAGUGGAUCGAAAGCACUGGGAACGAACACGACGAGAUGCUUCGCGCGCCGUCGCUCUCCAAGCUCGAGACGAUCAAGCUCCAUCGCGGCGCGACACCAGCUGACGUGCGGCCGCGUGUGUCCUUUGCCGACGCGCCAGUGCCAGAGCAGCUACUCCGCUACGAGCAGCGCGAUCUUCGAACGUCCCAUAUCCACCGCAUCGCCGAGCUCAAGGAGAAAGGCAUUUCGCUGCCACAGCCACCACCCGUAGUGGCGACAGAGCCACCCAAAAGCAACCAAACCGAGCUCCUCGAGCUCGAGCGACAGCGCGCAGGCUACAAGUUUCACACCCCCGAGACCGUGGCCGAGAUUGCGCUCAAUGAAGUGUGGCGCCAGCGCCGCGAUGAAGACGCGCAGGCCAAGGUGCAGGCGAACGAGGUCCAGUCCGUACUGUUUCAGUGGACGAUGACGCGCAGUCGUGACGAAGCCGAGCUCCUCCGUAAACAAGAGUCGUCGCGCAUGAUGACGCACCGGCAGUCGACGCCGGUGCUGCCGUCGUCUCGACCAUCCACGUCUUCGGCGCUAAGCAACCAAGAUGAUAUGGAUCUACUGCGCCCGACGCCGACGAAAAGUCUCAUGGGCACUGCGCCCGUCGUCAUCAAAAAAGCGGCGUCGGCCAACACCGGCAUGCGCUUCCGAAACCCGCUGCCUGCCAACUUCAAGCGCAUAUCCCACCGCGACACGCUCAGCGUGCACGCCCCGACCUCGAUGGGUCGAAGCUACUCGAUGGGCGACGUGCGGCCGAUGCUACCCGAGGCCGAUGCGCCGCCGCCCGCGGCGUACUAUCCGGCCUCGUACAUGCUCAGUGUACCGGCCGAGGCGGCCAAGACGCCGCCGCUCCAGCGAGUCAAGCGCAAAAAAAACAAGAUGGACGUGCGCGGACUCGUGCCGACGCAGCCCGUGCCGCUGGACUCGGAGUUUCGGGUCUUUCACGCCGCGACGACCGCGCGGCAGUGCCCGUCGGUGCGUACUGAGGGCAAGAAGGGCCAUGGCAUGAGCGCGCUCCGGAGAGAAGAACUCGACGAAGUCGACGCGAUCCGUGCCGCGUUCGAGCGCCACCACAUGACCUUUAACGCGCACGUCUUUGAGCGUGCGCUCUUGACGCCCGAGGACAGACCUGGCCUCGAGUGCGUCAAGCGCCUUCCGACCGCGGGCUCGAAGCUGCCAGAGAAUCCCCUCGGCAGUCUGCGCCAUAGUCUGCACAAGAGCAAGGAAGGCAAGACGACCAAGAAGAAGAAGAAGACCAAGAAGCGCAAACCCAAAGGAAAGAAGGCCAAAGCCGCUGCGUAGCUCUUUAAUUAGUCGACAUAAAUCACCUUGCAAGUUCCCGUAUCUAUCGCGUUGGAG